CAGUGACUCGGCGACUCUCGCCACGCUCGCUUCACGGCUCCGCUGUCUCCGAGGCCCUUGGCUCUCCUUCCACCGCCGCCGCGGCUUUUUGCCCGUUGGCGGCCAGGCAGCCACUCCGCAGCUGCCCUGAGUAGCUGCUAGCCGCGUGGCUUCUGUGCCACCUUCGAGUUUUUUUCCACCGGACCUCCGGCCGCCAUCAUGUCUGCCACAACUUCUGAGGCUCCAAAUUCAGCUGUCUCCAGAGAGGCCAGCACUCAGUCUUCAUCAGCAACCACCAGUCAAGGAUACGUUUUGCCAGAAGGCAAAAUCAUGCCAAACACUGUUUUUGUUGGUGGAAUUGAUGUUAGGAUGGAUGAAACCGAAAUCAGGAGUUUCUUUGCCAGAUAUGGCUCAGUAAAAGAAGUGAAGAUAAUCACUGAUCGAACUGGUGUGUCGAAGGGCUAUGGAUUUGUCUCAUUUUAUAAUGACGUGGAUGUGCAGAAGAUAGUAGAAUCACAGAUUAAUUUCCAUGGCAAAAAGCUGAAACUGGGCCCUGCAAUCAGGAAACAAAAUUUAUGUACUUAUCAUGUGCAGCCACGUCCUUUGAUUUUUAAUCCUCCUCCUCCACCACAGUUCCAGAGUGUUUGGAGUAGUCCAAAUGCUGAGACAUACAUGCAGCCUCCAACCAUGAUGAAUCCUAUCACUCAGUAUGUUCAGGCAUAUCCUCCUUAUCCAAGUUCACCAGUUCAGGUCAUCACUGGAUAUCAGCUGCCUGUUUAUAAUUAUCAGGCUUAUACAACUGUUAACUACCAUUGCAGUGAAGUUGAUCCAGGAGCUGACCUUUUGCCCAAUGAAUGCUCAGUUCAUGAUGCUGCUCCAGCCUCUGGAAAUGGCCCACAAAAGAAAUCUGUGGACCGAAGCAUACAGACAGUGGUCUCUUGUCUGUUUAACCCUGAGAACAGACUGAGAAACUCUCUUGUUACUCAAGAUGACUACUUCAAGGAUAAAAGAGUACAUCACUUUAGAAGAAGUCGGGCAGUGCUUAAAUCUGAUCAUCUCUGCUAACUUUCUCAUCUCAGGAGGUUAUUGGUUUUGAAUAUUAAAAGAAGCUGAAAAGUUUUCAGUAUUACAGAAAACUUGACAAAUCACUCAGACUUACUAUAAAAGUUAUAUUAGAUUGCCUAGUUUUAUGUUAAAUCUGUUCAUUAGAUGUUUAUAUAGAAACUGGUUCUGUGUUCACCAUAUAGUUGAAAGAAAAAAUAAUUGCAAGUAAAAAAGAUAAAAAAUAAUUUCCAAAUAACUGAAAACUAGUUGAAAGGAAUAACUUUUAAGAUUUACCUUAAGGACUUUUAAUUGAAAUUGGCAUUUUAAGAGUUCAAAAGCAAGUACUAAUUUUCAAGAAAAGGAUUUUAUAAACCUAUUUUGAAAGGUCAGAAUUUUGAUAGUUUGACUACAAGCAUUUCACUUCUCAAAAGGUACUGAGCAGUACAGUAUUUACAAUAUUGUACUUUACAUUUAUUAUUUGUCUAAACAUUUGCCACAAAAGCAGAAUUUUUAGAACUGCAUUUUUAAUCAGUGGAACUCAAUAUAUAGUUAGCUUUAUUGAAGUCUUCCUUAUCUAAACCCAGGAAAACAGAUUCUUAACAGUCCAAUCAGUGGGUCUUAACAUUUAUACAAAAUAUUUUACCCUUUAUCUAGAAUCCACGCAUAUGCAUAUAUCCUAUUUAUUUGGUUGGGAUGGUAAUUAGGAUAUCUAAAAUUCUGGGUAUAAUUUUGUUUAAAGAAUCCAAGACAAACUUCACUAGGUGCAUAAGCUAUUCUUAGUGAGUUAAUACUCUUUUUUUCUUAAAAUGCUAAACUCAAUGGCUGUCUUAAAAUUGUGCAAAAUACUGGUAUUAAAGAGUGCUGAAAAUUUUUUAUGUUACUUAAAAGUUAAUCAGAGUAUCUGAAAGAAAUUGUUUUUAUAAAAACAUUCAAAAUAUUAGUUGUUACAGAGUAAAUACAUUUUUAGUUUUGUUAGUCUAUUGUAUUUCCCUUUGUAAAGUAAAAUAUGUCCAAAACAGUUUGACAAUUCUAAACCACAAAAUUUGUUUCAUAAAUGUAUCCCAAGAAUGUGCUAAAAUGAAUCUGUUUUUAGAUUAGAUUAGAUCAUUGGACAUUACGCAUUAUGACAGCAAAGAACCUUUGUACCCACAGUCUUUCGCAAUCUUGCUCCUAUUUAGUCAGGAUUGCUCCUUGGUAUAAAGUAGAGAAGUAACAGUUAUGAGUGGUUCAGGGCUAAGCCUUAGGAAUAUAGCACUGUAACAGUACCUUUCUAACCAAAACAAUUGGCUGAACAUCAUCUGAUCUGCCAGGGACAUGAGUUUUAAAAUGCCUUGUUGGUCUGUCUUAUAUUAGCCCUUUCCCUUAAACAUGGAGAUUCCACUUAGUCUAACUUAAUGGAACCCAGGUUCAUAUCACAACUGUCCCUAAUGAUCUUUAACUCUUAAUUUUAUUCUACAUCUGAAGUCAAAAUUCUUUUAUGUCACCAAGUCAGUAUACCAGAAAACAGUUUGUCCCCUUAUUUCAGUGUAUUUGUAAUGUAUGUUCUUGCAUGUACCACUCUGUGAUUAAAUCUCCAACUUACUAUGAAUGAUACCCUAAAUUCUGAGGCACAAAUGUAAUUGUUGCUCUAUGACUUUAAAGAAAAGUAAGGGAAUAAACUUUUGUCUGCUGUUUUGUUGGAGUCAGGUAUUUAAGAGAAGGGAGAAAGAAGAGAGAAGUACUGAACCUUUCAAAAUGGAAGAUUAAUUUUAAACUUAAAAGUAUGUUCCUAUUACCUAUUGUCUUCGCAUAUAUGAAUAAAACCUUUUUUUUC